UAUCGUCUCCUCUAGUGAUUCGUAUAGUUCGAGUUUUACCCUACACAGCCAUUUUUACCCUACCUCUGACAACGUUGACUAUACUGACUAUACACAGUCGAAUUAAUAGGUUCAAGAUGGCAAGUGAGGUAAACGAAUUAUUAGCUCAAGCGGGUGAAAAUAUUACGGAAAACAAUGAUCACAUAACGGGAAGAAUACCCUCGACGCCCGAGGGAAUGGCUAUUGCUUAUGGAAGUUUGAUAAUUAUGGCUAUUUUACCUAUUUUCUUCGGUAGUUACCGUGCUGUUAAACACCAUAAGGAGCAGCAGCAACAAUAUAAAGAAAGUGGAGAACAACCAGAUACAAUGUCACGUAAAGAAGCAGCAAUAUUUCCUUUCAUUUCCAGUUUUACAUUAGUUGGGCUUUAUGUAUUGUAUCAGGUUUUUGCAAAGGAAUUAGUCAAUCUGAUCUUAGCUGGUUAUUUUUUCUUCUUAGGAAUCUUAGCUUUAUGUCACCUUACUAGUCCAUUAAUUUCAUCAUUGGUACCUGCUGCAAUUCCAAAAACUCAAUAUCACAUACUUUUCACCAGAGGUGAAGAUGAUAAGGCAAAACAUAUUAUCAAUUAUAAAUUCAAUCUCCAUGAUAUUGUCUGUUUGAUAUGUUGUUCGCUUGUUGGUGCUUGGUAUCUGUUGAAGAAGCAUUGGAUUGCCAAUAACUUAUUUGGUAUCGCAUUUGCAAUUAAUGGAGUUGAAUUGUUGCAUUUAAAUAAUGUUGUAACAGGAUGUAUUUUACUUUGCGGACUCCUGUUUUACGACGCAUUUUGGGUAUUUGGUACUGACGUGAUGGUAACAGUUGCAAAAUCAUUUGAAGUACCAAUUAAAUUAGUGUUCCCUCAAGAUAUAUUAGAAAAAGGUCUUACUGCUAGCAACUUUGCUAUGUUGGGUUUGGGAGACAUUGUUUUACCUGGAAUUUUUAUUGCUCUCCUGUUGCGGUUUGACAAUAGUUUGAGUAGGAAAACAAAUGUGUACUUUUAUUCAACGUUCUUCGCAUACUUCAUGGGACUGUUGGCGACGAUGCUUAUUAUGCAUUUGUUCAAUCAUGCACAGCCAGCUCUUUUGUAUUUGGUACCUGCCUGUUUAGGAACUCCUUUACUUUUGGCAUUAGUUAAAGGAGAUUUAAAGGCAUUAUUUUCUUAUGAAGAUCACCCAACUAUUGCGAAAGAAGAACAAUCUGUACAAGCACAAACUGAAGGAAAAAAGGAGACAUAGUAUUCAUGUUUGAAAUAAUUAAUAUAAUAAAACCUUCAGCAUUAAUAUUAUGCUGUACUCUUUCAAAAUUUGUCGAAUGUAGGAAAUAGAAUCGAUAAUUUAUUAUGUCUUAUGCUCAAAACGCACAAUCAUAAAAUUCGAAGUAUCUAAGACAUAUGAAUUAUGUCGUACGUGCACAUUGCAAGGAUAUAAUCAGAUAUUCGACUUUUUUUUAAUGACAAUAUACUCUGAUACAUAUGAAUUCAUGUGAAUUAAUAAUUUACUGUAGUUUAUAAUCAACAAUUGUUCCAUUUUUAUAAACAUACAAAAAUUUAGAAAAAUUGAUAGUAAUUAUUCCUAGAAUUGUUCGAAAAUGCACGUGAUAGCUUUAUAAUUUAAUUGGUACAAGGUAUCUAUAAGCUGUCUUGUUUAAUUAUUCUUCCUAAUCAAGUCUGUUAUCAAAAAUAAAAUCAGCAAUUGUACACAUUUUAAA